UCUCUGAUAGUGUUCAGGUAUUAAUUAUUAAGUUGCCAAAGUUUUACUUUAUUUUGUUCCUCAGGUAGGAGCCAAGUGGAGCUUGUGAACAUUCAGCGGGAGAGCCAACUGUUCUGCUUGUCGGUUUGUAGAUAAAGGAGUUGACAGAUCAUCAAGAUGUGGUGGUGUCUGCCUGUUAUCGUCGGUUUCCUGUUUGUCGGCCUCCCUUACUUUGUCUGUUUUGUGGCCCAGUGGCUCCAUGGCUGGCCAGACAAGCCUGGGUAUAAAAAGUACAUAGAAGCUCUUAACCCAAGGCGGAUAUACCGUUUGACCUUUGCUACGGUGGAUCUUCUUAAAUAUCUUCAGUACUGGAGACUGUACUAUCAGAUUAAGUCAUGGUAUAGAAAUGAGGAGAACAGUAAGCUUUACAAAAAGGGUAUCGUUUAUGGCCGCCAUGGCAACAAGCUAGACUUGUAUUAUCCCCCUAAAAUGAAUAAAUCUAAAGAUAGGCUACCACCUCUGGUGGUGUUUGUCUAUGGUGGUGCAUGGAGCACUGGACACAGAUCCAUUUACUGUUUACUGGCAACGCAGAUGGCUGAAGAACUGAAUGCAGCUGUUAUUUGUCCAGAUUACUCUACUUUUUCAAAGGGGAACGUUCUAAUGAUGGUUCAAGAUGUUGCAGACAGUUUGAUUUGGGCACAAGAGAAUGGACCGAAGUUCAGAUUUGACAAAGACAACAUUGUUUUAGUUGGCCAUUCAGCAGGUGCUCAUUUGGCUGCAAUGACCACCCUAUUUCUUCUUGAUACACGAGAGGAGCUGCUGAUAGAGUCAAAGAAACAGCAGGAGAUUAUACGGUCAUUAAAGGGAGUCAUUGGGAUGAGUGGUGUCUACAGCAUUAUGGACCAUCAUGAGCAUGAGAAGACGCGAGGAAUUGAAUACAUUUCUUGCAUGUCAAGAGCCAUGAAUGGGAAGGAAAACUUUAGACACUACUCACCAGUGCACAUAGUAAAGAACCUUAGCAGUGACAAGCUGAGUAGAGCACCCCGGUUCGUUUUGCUUCACGGGAAUUGUGACAUCGUCGUUCCGGUUGAGUCUUCCAUAAAGUUUUAUAAGCUCCUGUCGUUGCUCUCCGUAAAGGUGUCGCUCCACCUGCUUCCUACCGUCAGCCACAACGAGAUGGUCAUUGACCUCAUGCUGUCAAGCAGGCGCUUCUACCAUCCGAUCUUCACAUGUGUUGAACACGAGUUCAGGAAACUCCUGCGUCCGUGUUACCGGCCUAUCAGUUCGGUGUCUGGGUUUGCAAACAUCAACUGACAGGACCAUACACAUGUGCAGCAUCUGCUCUACUGCCAAAAACUAAAGUAAUAAAACACAUAAUUUGACAUUAUUUUUUGGUUUGCUUUAUAACUCCAGUGAGAAGAAGGAUUUACUGAGUGUUUAAUAAAUAAACUAAAAAAUAUUUUGUAUUACUUAUUAUGUCUAUCCAAAAUCAUCAGAAAUGAAGAAUAAAAGGUCUGUUUGAA